GGCUUCACCAACUCGUCCCUUAUUAUAUGAACAAGAAACCAAAGAUUUUAUGAACAAGCUGCAAGGUUUCAAUCAUAUUCCUCCUUUGCGUUAUCUCUCUUCAGUCUUCACUCAAAUCUUUUCUAUAUUUCAGAAAUGAAGAAGAUAGUUGUAUUCCAGUUCACAUUUUUUGAUGAAAGCAUCAAAGAGAGAGCUAAGGAAAUUGCCAGCGAGUUUCCAGGAGUUACUAAGGUGGUAGAGGUUGAAGGAGAAGAUCAGCUAGAGGUGAGGGGAGAAUUUAGUACGUUUGAAUUGACAAAGGAACUAAUGAAGAUAGAUGAAUCUGUUGAGACAAUCAAGAUUGUACCAGAUGGAGUAACGGAGCCAGAAGUCAAGAUCCAGCAGCAAGAUGAAGGCAAACCACCUACUAACAUACAAAAAACGUCUAAGUGGCCCAGUGAUGUUGCCAGUAGCUCAAAUGGGAGAGGAGGGCAAGCAUAUGAAUUUUUGGGGCAGGCAAUAGAUGUUGCUAAGCUGGCCAAAGAUAUGGGUGUUGGUGCUGCUAAGCAGGCCAAGGAUAUGGGUGUUGGUGCUGCUGGUAAGGCAAUAGGUUUAGGUAUGAAUUAUUAUCGAAAUAAAAAAGAAAAAGAGGUUAAGGCACAGCUAGAACCUAAGCUGGGAGCAGAACAAAGAAACAUUUGGGGACACCUUCCUGAAGCGCAGAAACGAGGUCUCUUUGAAGUGGAGAAACAAAAGAAGAUCAGGGAUGAGGAAGAGAGGAGGAAGAAACAAGCUGAAGAGAUAAAACAAAGGAAGAUCAGGGAGGAGAAGAUGAGAAAACAAGCUGAAGAGAUGAAACAAAAGAAGAUCAGGGAUGAGGAGAUGAGGAAACAAGCUGAACAGAUGAAACAAAAGAAGAUCAGGGAGGAGAAGAUGAGGAAACAAGCUGAAGAGAUGAAGGAAAAGAAGAUCAGGGAGGAGGAGAUGAGGAAACAAGCUGAGGAGAUGAAACAAAAGAAGAUCAGGGAGGAGAAGAUGAAAAAACAGGCUGAAGAGAUGAAACAAAAGAAGGAGGAACAAAGGAGGAAACAAGCUGAAGAGAUGGAACAAAGGAAGAUCAGGCUGGACAAGGAGAAGAGAAAGAUGAUGGAAAAAGAUUUAGCAAUUAAGAAAGAAGAGGAAAAACUAAAGAUCUGGCAGGAGAAGAUGAAGAACUCAGGAGGAACGACAUGGACAGGAACCACAGGGAGUUUGUGGGGCAACCUAUCCACACAAACAAGUGCAUGGAUGGGACUACAAACCGGAGAAACAAGUGCAUCAGCACAAGCAAGUGCAUCAACGCAAAACCAAGGUUUAACACAAAGACGAAAAGAGGAAUCACGAGGAGUUGACAAAAAAGGGAAGAACCGGCAAUAAACUAGUUAUUCUAAUUCUAAAGAAGCUGAACAGAGUUUAAGCUUUUCAUGAUAAAACGUUUCUAGUCCAUUUCAUCUUCUGAAAUAAAAUUUGUGUCCUUUGCUAUAUGAUAUUUAUCAAAUUUGACUUUCUACUGUUUUUGUUUUCCUUGACUUGAUCUUCCAAGUUUGUGGUGGUUGAGUGAUAUCUUCUUUUUUUUGGUAAAAGUAAAUGACAAAAGCUUGUGAAA